AUGGAACAACAAUCAAUGCAAUCAAGCCCACCAAGGGCCCAUCAAGCCACCAAGAACGAGUUUCAACGCGAAGGAAGGUCAACUGUAGGUAUGCUCAGACUCAAAGGCGCACCCGAAUCCACCACCCGAACAGAGCAAACAGAAUCAAGACCAUACCUGGGAAAUAAAAAAGCAAUAGAAGGGUCGAAGCCUGACUUGUUCCUAAAGCCAGGUCAUGAAUCACGACCAUCCUGUGCGAAAAUGCCAAGACUGGGAGCAGGCAAAAGCAUUCUAAGGCGACUAGCAAUGGCAACUGACCAGAGCGACUCCACCGAAAAAUUUAACAAAAGCACCAACCCAGAAUCCGGAGAAGGAUCAAACAGACCGAUUAUACAGAUCACAAUCCCAAAAAAGGUGCAGCGAGCUAGCUCAGCCAUAGAAGAAGAGGAGGCGGAUAACAUGUCCGAAGAUGACAAUCACGAUUGGUUGGACUAUGAGCUCAAUCAUGAAGAAUUCAAAUCAGCCUUAGGACUACGAGCCAAAGACGAAGACAGCCAAGCGCUUGUGGAAAGCCAGCCUGAUCACAUGCCAGCCAUAAUGUUCGGAACGAUAGAAGAAGUUGGAGAAUCGACAGUUGGAAAACCAAUCUUGGCAAUUGAGAAAUCAGAAACUCUACAGAAGCCCAUGAAGACAGAGGUUGAGGUUGAACCCUCAAUGAAUCAGGCCAUCAAGUGCAGAGAAAAGACCACAGCACAAGGUACUAUGCCAGUAAAUAUGGUGUACGUCCUCCCCGCCUUUAAUAGGUCAAAAGAAGGACAACCAUGCAGCAUGGAAGGUGAUAUCCUGAUCAAAGAACACGUCGCUGCUCUGAUUGGAAUACAUGAUGAUUAUGAUGACAAACCAAGCGCUCCGCAAACCACUGAUUCGGGUCUAGAGUACAAAGGCCUAGACUCCCCAAAGAAGGAGACCCCUCGAGUGUUCUUCUUUCCAUGCGCCAAUGGUCAAGCAGAAUCUACCAACAAAGUCUUCAGCAAUAUUAUCAAGAAAAUGGCAAAUAACAACCCAAAGGAUUGGCACGAAAGGUUAUCCAAUGCGCUAUGGGCAGAUCGGACGUCUAAAAAGAAUGCUAUAGGCACUACCCCGUACGCUCUCACUUACGGGCAUGACGCCGUAUUACCAGUAGAGAUCAACGUGCAAUCACUUCGAAUCGAGAGACAGUCUGCAUUAAGCGAAGAAGAAUAUGCUAAGGCUAUGACGAAGGAAUUAGAGCAACUCGGUCCAAUUCAGGCUAAAGCUCUAAACCAUCUGGUGGUUGGUAAACAAGCAGUGGCACGUGCCUAUAAUAGAAGAGUCCGAGGAAAAACUUUUGAAGAAGGAGAAUUAGUCUAG